CGAAGCUGACUCUGACUGUAAAACCCCAGAGUUCAGUGUUCACUGGAGACACAGUUACUCUGAGCUGUGAUGUGGGACAGUUAACUGGAUGGACAAUUCACUGGACAAAAGACUCAAACCCUGAAUCCACGACUGAUGCAACUAAAACAAUCAAGUCUGUGAGAGACUCUGAUGAAGGAGAAUACAGGUGCAGAGCACGACGAGGAAACUACUACAGCGAGUUCAGUAAUACAGUUAAGAUUACAGUAACAGUGAGACCCAAACCUGUAGUUGGUGUUGAUCCUGAUAGACGUGUGUUCAGAGGAGAGACGGUCACUCUCACAUGUGACAUACAGCAGACAGGAGUCUGGCAGUACAGCUGGUAUAAAGACUACAAACAAGAUUAUAUCAUAGGACAAGACCAGAACUAUAAAAUCCCAUCUGUGGAUCCGUCUCAUAGUGGUGUGUACAGCUGUAGAGGAACUCAGACACAAGCACCAACACACACACAGAUGAGUGACGGAGUUACACUGACAGUAUCAGAUUCCCCCAGAUCUUCACUGACUGUGACUCCAGACAGUCCUGUAUUCACUGGAGAGACAGUCAAUCUGAAGUGUGAGAUUGAGUCUCACAGUAACUGGAGAUAUGAGUGGUAUAAAGACACAGACAGUGUAAUAUCACAGACGUCUGACCGUUACACUGUAAACAGAGACACUCUCACUAUCAGAGGAGUAAUUACAUCUGAUCAGGGUCAGUACUGGUGUAGAGGACAGAGAGAUCAGAGACCAAACUCAUCACAGGACAGUAACCAAAUACAUCUGUCUGUUAAUGCUUCAUCUUCUCUUCCGGUCACUGCUGUGGUUGUGGGAUCAAGCAUUUUCUUGUUGAUCUUCUUCUCUCUGCUGCUGCUGUGGAGAUACAAGAAGAACAAAGAUCAGCAGCGUAACAUUAACCAGACAUCAGUCCCAAAUCAAUCUGCAGAAUCUCAACCAGAAAACUUUCCUCUACAGUCUGCAGAUUCUGAUCAGGUUUGUGACGUUGUGACUGAAGUGAAGAAGAGAGACAAAGGUGAUCCAGAGCCAUUGGCAGAUGUCACAUAUUCAGAGAUCACUGUCAAGCAAAACAAGAAAAACAUGGACAAAGGGAAGAGCAGUGAGUCUGGAGACACCUUGUACUCUGAACUGAAGCACAGCACAGACAGAGGUGCUGAUGCUGGUGAUGAAACUUGUGCUCAACCUUUGAGGAAGAAGAAUAAAACAUGUCUCUGAGUGCAGUGAAGACAACAGACGGCUAAAAGAGAUUCACAGCAGCAGACACAGUGACGCUUGCAUUGCUUCAGAAAUGAAUCUGAGUGAACUGCUUACACACGUGCUUGAUUCAGUUACUUUCGUUAUCUCGUUAUCUUUACACAUAUUACACAAGCAAAGCAAAUGUCUCUCUAGUAUAUUCAUUAGUUACAUCCCCAGAUAAUUAAGAUCCAGCCCCAGAUGCCAGAUCUCAUCAGAAAAUAUCAGUUUGUCUCGUAACAGAACAACUCUUCAGUAAAGUUGGUUUUGUAAAGUCUAAAACCCAAAACCUGUUCACAGAAGUCUUGUCUGGUGCCCAAAAUGCCCCAAACUGUAUUAACAGUCUUCUAUCAGAGAAGAAGCUGACUGAGGAAAAACCCAGAGAAGAGCAGAAGCAGCAGAUGAAGUGAAGAAGAAGAAAAAGAAGCAGAGUUUAUUGAAGAAUCUUAGUUGUGUAUGUUUUAAUUCUCAGACUUCAUCUGACCAGAACAAAAUCAACAAGUUCUGUUACACCAAACUGAUCCACAACAACAUCCCAUAAACCUUGAGUUUCCUUUCUCUCGGAUCUCUGAUUCAUGAAGACAAACAGCCCUUAAAACCACACAGUCAUAAGAAUAAACACCAGAAGAACAAUAUUAUAAAAAUAACAGUAUAAUAUACAUGACUAAUCAAUUAAUAUAUCAGUGGAAUGGGUAUUUAAUGACUAGAAUGAUUAUUAUAAAUGAGUAGAUGAUUAAAUUGAAUGAUUAAAUGAUAAAUCACUAUAAAUGAAUAUAAAAGAAAGAAAGUAAAACACAACACAAAUGUACGAUUGCUUUCUCGAAUCAAAACACACACAGUUUGAUGAUCCUCAGAUUCUUCACAGAUGAGCUCUUAUGUUCAACACAACUCUGGGAGAAACUGAUCUAAAGUUAUUAUUACAUUAUUAUAUAAUCUCUGUGCUGCCAAUAGAACCAACAGAAUAAUAAAGUGUUUGAUUAAAGCUGCAGUCGGUAACUUUUGAUGCUCUAGCGGUUAAUAAACUGGGAGAAGCAGAGGAGCUUGAUUUUUUUUCACAGAUUAUCUGUCUCAUAUUCUACUGUCAGGACAUAAUGACAGGUUUAACAAAUAUGUAAAAAAAUAUAUUUUUACAAAAGUUACCUACUGCAGCUUUAAUAAUACAGUAGCUGUAAAUACAGUGUGUUAUAAAAUUGUGCCUGUGUUUUUGUCUAGACAAUUAGACUUUUAUUGAUUUCAUGUACUUUCUCAUAUACUGCUUUUUACAUUUAUUCAUUUUUGAAGAUAUUUCAUAAUGCUGUUUUUUUUUUUUUUUUUUGCAGUUAAUGAAGUGUGAGAUUUAGAUUUGAUAAAUAUACACAUGAAAACCAACUUUUCUGUUUUGUUUGUUGGGCUUUUUCAUUUUUUUUUUUACUUUAAGAGUCAUUUUAACCAUAGAUCAGAGUAACAGAACUAAACACAUCAGGCUUUUUGCUUUAAAUGUUGAGAAAAUUUUCACUUUUUUUUUUUC